AUUCUUCAUCACUUUUUCUCCUAAAUAUUUUUUCUGUAAAAAUAAAAAGUAAAAAAAAUUUUAAAAAUUAUUUUGGUAUUGAGAUUCAAUGGCCACUGCAAAAAAAGUUUCUGUUUUAAUUUUAUGGUUUGCAUUAGUUUGUAAUUAUGUUGAUGCUGCUGGUCCAAGAAAAAGGCCUGUUGUUGGUCCUGAUAUCUACAAAGGUAAAAAUGUGGCCAAAGAUGCUCUUGCUCCUGGUGAAAAAGUUGUUAAUAUUAUGAGUUUUGGAGCAAAACCAGGUGGAAAAUUUGAUUGCACUGAGGCUUUCAUGGACGCAUGGAGAACGGCCUGCCAUUCCAACGUACAAUCCAGGCUUCUAGUCCCUCAAGGCGUAUUCCUUGUUUCAACAAUGUUCUUCGCAGGGCCAUGUCAAAAUCCCGGGCCCAUAACAUUUCAAGUCGUAGGCACAAUUUUAGCCACAGCAGACAUUAGCGAGUACGUGAAUGGCGAAUGGCUCAUGUUUCGCGACAUAGCAGGCAUUAAACUUAUCGGCGGAGGUACCUUCGAUGGACAAGGUGCAUCUGCAUGGAAAUUUGCUCUAGAUUGUGAAGCUGAUCCAACUACCGAAUGUGUUAGGUCUCCUAGUAGCAUUUAUUUCAAUAACGUUACAAACGGAAUUAUUCAGAACAUAAAAUCGGUAAAUCCAAAAGGGUUUCACUUUUUUGUUACCAACUCCGCAAACAUUAGACUUCGAUUACUUAAGCUCACCGCACCAGACACUAGCCCAAAUACCGACGGUCUUCAUGUAAGUCAUUCGAUAAACGUGAAAAUAUCAAGAAGUACUAUUGAAACGGGAGAUGAUUGCGUCUCCAUGAUUCAAGGAGUUAACAAUGUAAGCAUCAAACGAAUCAAAUGUGGUCCAGGACACGGUAUCAGUAUUGGAAGUCUCGGAAAAUAUCCAGAUGAACUAGAGGUGAGAGGUGUUCGAGUAAUGAGGAGCACAUUAGUCGGCACAGACAACGGCCUAAGAAUCAAAACAUGGCCAGAUAAGUAUCGAGGAGCAGCAUCACAAAUCACUUUCAGCAACAUCACUAUGGAAAAUGUUAAAAACCCUAUCAUCAUUGACCAAGAGUAUGAAUGUAAACCAAACUGCCAAAAAAAGCCUUCACUUGUAAGAAUAAGCGAUAUAAUUUUCAAAAAUAUAAAAGGAACAACAACUAGUCCAAUUGCAGUGGAUAUGAGAUGUAGCAAGCAAUUUCCUUGCCAAAAUGUUAGACUUCAAAACAUAGACCUUACACUUGGUGCAACUCCUGCUGGCUCUAGAUGUAACAAUAUCAAACCUAUCUAUGUUGGCUUGCAAAAACCACCACCAUGUCCAUAGGUCACCAUUUUUCUACCACAAAAUAUGAGACUCUCAUAAUUAGAGACUCUCAUGAAUUAUAGAACUUAAAUAGUUUAUUUUAUUUUUAGUUAGUUUUAAAUAAUUUUUAAGUAGUUUAUUUUGCUGGAACACUUAUUAAGCAAAGUCUGAUAGGUCUAGAAAAUUUUCUUUUUAAACAAAUUAUCUACUGUAUUGUAACACAACUUUGAAAUAUUUAUAAAAUAUUUUUAUAUAGUCUUUUCCA